UUGAAAUGACUUUGAAUGAGAACAGAAGUGUAUUUAUCUGUCAGUCAGGAUGUUGUUGUUUUCCGGGAGGGUUUAGUAAAGCCAAUCGCAGAAUAAUCGGUGUGUAUUUUUCUGGUGUACUUUUUACUCUUGCAUGGUGGAUCUUUGUGGAUGGCGUAAUCACUUCUGCAAGAAUGCUAGAGAACCCUGCUCCACCUGGAUUUGAAGAUUGGGCAUCAGGAAUCGUUCUUACUCUUGGAAUGAUCAUUGUGCAUUCGAUAGAUUUACAAUCACUGAGAUCAGAUAGUGAUAUGUAUAGCUAUGACAGUGAUUAUAGCAGAGUAUGGUUUUGUCGUCUUAUGAUGUUCUUGGGAUCUACUAUGCUGGCGGGUGGACUUGUUGGCUCAGUGGUUGUUCUUGUGUUCAAUCAAAGAUAGUGUUGCUGUAGCCAAGGUUGUUUACUUGGAUUCAAUAGAACACUUCUUCUGUGGGCUGUACCAAGGCAAACAGACGAUUAUAUGGGUAUUAGCUAGAUUAAGGACAAGAAUUAUACAAUCAAAAUUCGAGGAAUGUAUAUUCCUUUCUUUUUUAUAUAUAUACAUCUUGUAAUUAAGCAACUACAAUAUACCUCUCUCUCUCUUCCUUUUCUCUCUAU